CUUCAAGAUUUUUUAGGUCGAAUUUUUCAGGUGUCAACCAUUUGUGCAAUUGCCUACAUUGUAAAGUGAAAGUUACUUUGUAGUGCUCUUGUGUUACUGACUACUGUCUCAUUUUGCAGUCACUCGGCCUCCCAUAAGUGUCUCAGGAAAAUUUCCAUUCAUACUCACCUUAGUACUAACAUAAUUAUUAGUUACAGAAGACAAGAGGCACCUGACCUCAAUUUGGAGUAUUUCGCAUCCAGUUGGUGUGAGAAACAAUUUGAAAAAUGCUAAGUCGUUCCUUGGCCGUGGCACGGCGACGCUGGUGCCGUCAGUGUAGUACAGUGCCUCGAAUUACGACUCACUACACGGUUGUGCCAAGAGAAAGUGAUCCACGAUGGAAAGAUGUCGACAUGGAGCGGUAUGCUGAAGACGCGGAUGUCGUCAUUGUCGGUGGUGGACCGGCUGGAUUGUCCGCUGCUAUUCGCCUGAAGCAGCUGGCAGCCCAGGCUGAGCGAGAGCUGCGUGUAUGCCUCGUGGAAAAGGCACCAGAGAUGGGUGGUCACACAUUAUCUGGGGCAUGCAUUGAGACGGGUGGGCUGGAUGCCCUCUUCCCCGAUUGGAAGGAGAAAGGGGCACCAUUGGACACUCCAGUCACGGAAGACUCCAUGGCAUACCUCACGGAAAGCAAGCGCAUCAACAUCCCUAUUCUGAAAGGAAUGCCAAUGUACAACCAUGGCAAUUACCUUGUACGCCUGGGUCAUGUUGUCAGAUGGCUCGGAGAGCAAGCUGAAGAACUAGGCGUUGAGAUUUAUCCUGGCACGGCUGCCAGUGAGGUGUUGUACAAUGAUGAUGGAUCUGUGGCUGGUAUUGCAACCACUGAUCUUGGUAUUGCCAAGGAUGGCUCACCAAAGGACCAAUUUGCCCGUGGUAUGGAGCUGCGUGCACCCAUCACUCUCUUCAGCGAGGGUUGUCAUGGUCACCUAGCCAAGGGCCUGUACAAGAAGUUUGAUCUUCGCCAGGACUGCCAGCCACAGACAUAUGGCAUUGGCUUGAAGGAGCUGUGGGAGAUUGAUCCAGCUAAGCACAAGCCAGGUCGAGUGGAACACACAGCUGGAUGGCCUCUAGACCCCAAGACCUAUGGAGGAUCAUUCCUGUAUCAUCUUGGUGACUCAUCGUCACCUCUCGUUGCCGUAGGAUUUGUUAUUGCGCUGGACUACAAGAAUCCAUUCCUUCACCCGUUCAAAGAGUUCCAGAAAUUCAAGACACAUCCGUCCGUUCGACCUACAUUUGAGGGUGGUACGCGUAUUGGCUAUGGAGCCCGUGCCCUGAACGAGGGUGGCGUCCAGUCGCUGCCGCGUACAUCAUUCCCCGGCGGUGCUUUGCUCGGCUGCAGCCCUGGUCUGAUGAAUGUACCUAAGAUCAAGGGAACGCACAACGCUAUGAAGAGCGGUGUUCUGGCGGCAGACAGUGCUUUCGAAGCACUCAAGGAUGGGCACAAGCCAGGUAUGGUGCUGGACUAUCACGAGAGACUGAUGGAGAGUGACAUCAUGAAGGAGCUGAAGGCUGUGCGCAACUUCCGUCCGUCUUUCAGCACCUCUCUGGGUGUGUACGGUGGCAUGAUCUACUCUGGGUUCAUGUAUGUCAGUCGUGGAAUGGAGCCGUUCACGCUGAAGCAUCACGGCAAAGAUAGCGAGUCCCUCCUGCCCGCUAGCCAGUGCAAAGAGAUUGAGUAUCCCAAGCCAGAUGGAGAGGUUACAUUCGACUUGCUAUCAUCUGUAGCGCUUAGUGGCACAAACCAUGAAGGUGACCAGCCACCUCAUCUGACACUAGCCGAUGAUGCCAAGCCAGUACAGCGCAACCUAGCAGAGUUUGCUGGUCCAGAAUCGCGCUUCUGUCCGGCCGGAGUGUAUGAGUUUGUACCGGAGGAGUCUGGCGAAGGCAUGCGGCUGCAGAUCAACGCACAGAACUGUGUGCACUGCAAGACGUGUGAUAUCAAGGACGUAUCGCAGAAUAUCAACUGGGUGGUGCCAGAGAGUGGCGGAGGGCCAGCGUAUGAUGGCAUGUGAGCAUGACCUACGCUGCAGAGAACUUACUUGAAUUUUGUUGAAUUAUCUCUUUGAUUAUUUUCCCACUGCUUGCUACUGUUGGCCAUCUGAUCCAGCAUAUUUAUCACAAUUCUAGACAAUGAAACUAGCCAGGCAUGUGGUAUAUCUGUAGGUACUCAGUACGGAGAAAUCUGGUGGAGUUUGAUGGAUAUGCCUCUGUAGACUACUGUAGUAGUAUGCUACCGACUCGUUUUCUUCUCUUCGGUUCAUCUUCUGUCAAAUAUAGUACAUUUUUCACGAGCGAUAGCUACUUGGCUGGGCUUCUUGGUCAGCAGCGCAAGCAAUACGACUCGUUCUUUUUUUACUAUCCCUCGAUUUACCAACACGUAACUUUUAAGGGAACUCCACCCUACUGACCCUAGCCUCUCUCAGUCAUAGAAAGAACUCCCAGAGCACUCGAAUUGGAUUGUUGCCAUUCAUUUCAUGUCUUCUCUUUUUUUUACUAGCAAGAUCAAUGUUAAAUUUGUAUGAAAAGGACCGCUGGCUGGUCAUGGCCAUGGCAACAGUCAUGUGA